UAAACGCUCGUCUCAUCUGCCGGGGCCAGUGCAACAGAUUCCAAUUAAAUCAGAUUAUUGGAUUGACUGCAGAUUACAUCUCGUCUUUUUCCACAACGCUUGAUUUACAGGGCAAGGGAAUGGUAUAAGCCUGCAAUAUCAGACGUUCAGAUGUAGGCAAUUGGAAUCAUCGUUCCCAGGGCCGCACCAUGUUGGCUGGUGUCAUGGAAAGGAUCAUCUAUUGCCUAACAGGAAGGUCAGCCAAUGUUGUAGUUCCCAUAGAAACCUCCGAGCCUGCUGAUGGGUUCGAGUUUGUGGAGGUGAAGCCUGGCAGGGUGAUCCGGGUGCGGCACAUCAUCCCCGACCGGCAGGCGGUGGAUGACCACCCCGGGCAAGCGGGCACCAUCCCCUGCAAGCGCAAGAUCUCCGUCUUCCGCAACGGGCAACUGUACAUCGAGAACCUCAGCGAUGCCGCGCGCUCAGAGCCCCUGAACUGUCAGAACGGGGACCCAGAGCCCAACAGCACGGUGGAGGUGGAGCUGUCGGACUGUAACAGCACAGCUCCCCACGAGUCCAAGGGCAGCCCGGAUGGUCCGGUGGUGCAGCAGCCCCAGGCAGUGCAGCGCAAGCGGCGUAAGCCCAAACGCACCGUGGUGAUCGACUGCGAGAGGAAGAUCACCUGCUGCAAGGGCACACACUCCGACGUGGCGCUCUUCUUCAUCCACGGAGUGGGCGGCUCACUGGACAUCUGGGGCAGUCAGCUAGAAUUCUUCUCCCACCUGGGUUACGAAGUGGUGGCACCGGACAUGGCAGGACACGGUGCCAGCUCUGUUCCUCAGGUCUCGGCUGCCUACACAUUCUAUGCUCUGGCAGAGGACGUGAGGGCAAUAUUUAAGCGAUAUGCCCGAAAGCGCAAUAUUCUUGUUGGGCAUUCUUAUGGCGUCUCUUUCUGCACUUUCCUGGCCCACGAGUAUCCUGACGAGGUCCACAAGAUGGUGAUGAUUAACGGGGGUGGGCCCACGGCUCUGGAGCCGAGCAUCUGUUCCGUCUUCAAUCUUCCGGCCUGUGUGCUGCACUGUAUGUCACCAUGCCUGUCCUGGAGCUUCCUCAAAGCUGGAUUUGCUCACCAAGGAGCAAAAGAGAAACAGCUCUUGAAAGAGAGCAACGCCUUCAACGUGUCCUCCUUUGUGCUGCGGGCCAUGAUGAGCGGGCAGUACUGGCCAGAGGGAGACGAGGUGUACCACGCAGAAAUCACGGUUCCCACCCUGCUGGUGCACGGCAUGUACGACAAGUUUGUGCCAGUGGAGGAAGAUCAGCGAAUGGCAGAGAUUCUCCUCCUGGCCUUCCUCAAAAUCAUCAACGAGGGCAGUCACAUGGUGAUGAUGGAGUGCCCUGACACCGUCAACACCCUCCUGCAUGAGUUCUUCCUCUGGCAGCCCGACGCCCCGAGAAAACCCAAACCAGAACCAAAGCCCGCGCCCGACAACGCCUCUGUAAGCAACGGGGACACUAAGCCAUCGUCAGAGACCAAGUCCAAAAUCAAGAACAAAUAACAGUCUAGAGGCGCUUUUUUUGUAAGGAAGAGAUUCAGUGGCUUGCUUGAUGGCUGUGCCAGGUGUCCUCACAAAGGGAGGACGUUCCUUCCAGAAGAGCUUAACGGAAGAGUGGGCCAAACCAAAAUAGCACCCAUCCUCGUCUUUUGCACUGAAGCAAACAAAGCAGGGAGGCACUCACGACAGAGACACAGGGAAGACUGCGAUGGCCCAGCACUCCUUUCUGACGGUUGUUUUCUCAAGCUGUUUGGUAGAGAAGAAGGAUGAUGGCAGGUCUAAGAGGGCCGGUCAAUACUGUAUUAAGCACAGCACUGGCACAGAUACAGUUUACAGACAUGACUCGAACACCACAAGAGCUGGUACAGUGUAUGCAGUGGUGGAUCUAGGUGUGGGUGACUCGGGCAGCUGCCAAAGGGGGCAUUCUACAGGGUGCAACACGGGAUGCCUGCUGGGGGUAUGGAAUAGAGGAUCAGUUGGCACAGUUGGUUUCCUAUUAUUCAUUUGCAUGUCGUGUUAAAGACAUCAUGUUAUUGUUUAGGCACACAGAUUCUAGUUUAUGAGCUAAGCAGGCCUGGGAGGGUCUCCCACUGAGAGG